UGGUCAGGGGGCCGACAUGUCCGCAGCUUUCCAGAGAUUGCUCAACCCUCAUCAAGUGUACAGCGUCACAGAAGGGGGCCCAUUAUUAGGAUUUUACGCUUUCAGAUCUAUUCCUGAUUUUCGUGUCUUGAUCUGUGGUGGUGAUGGGACAGUUGGCUGGGUGUUGUCGUGUUUGGAUGAUGUUGUUCAAGAGUUGAAGUGUAAGUUACCUGCAUCAGCAGUACUUCCUCUUGGCACUGGUAAGUGGAUUGUUACAAGUGACUCCUGUAAACUGCGAGUUAGAGAAAAUUUCUUUCCAGAGUCGAACAUAAAGCCUUGUCUAGGUUUUGUUGUACUGGGCUGUGUGAUCGAUCUCAAGACUCUUGCGACAAACUUGGUCAAUCGGAUGGAAAUCUAAAACUACCCUGCA